AUGACCGGCGUUUUUUUCGUUUGUUUACGCUCGUUCAGGAAAUUUCGUUCGGGAACCUUUUCCAAUGGGAAGAUAAAUGGACAAGCGAGUGGGACAAAUCAGGAAAAAGACUCAAACAAGCGAGGAGAUAAUAAUAAUGUUCCGAAACCACCAAAGACACUGUUCAACAAGGCAGGAGGUACGGUCCGGAAUGGUUUCGAAAACGUGAAAGGUACGAACCAAGCCGGCUCCAGGAAAGAUAGGGAUCAAACUGCUUCCUGGCAAACGAAAGGUAAAGGUCAAGCUACCUUUGAGAGUGCGAGAAAUAGGAUCCAAAAUACCGCCGAGAAACCGAUGCAUAAUACAAUGAGAAAUGGUAAAAACGAAAAAAUGCUUCCAUGGGAAAGGUACGUUCAAGUUCAAUUUGGAAGCGCAGUUCAACAAGCAGCAAAAUUUUCCAACGAUCUAUCUAAACCUAGCAAUGGACACUGGGAAAGGCCAAAAGUCCAAUCUAGAGGCACAGUUCAGGAACCAGCCAAACCACCGAAGAAUCUAUUUGAAUCUAAUAAUGGCCACCGGGAAAAGUCAAAAGUGCAACAUAGAGGCGUAGUUGAAGAAUCAGCCGAAAACGACAUGGAUGAUGAGGAAGGACCCGGUCUCAUGACGGGUCUGUUUGAUUAA